AUGCUGCAGCUGAAUGACUCCGUGGAGCCCACCUGCCCGGAGCCCGCGGUGCUGCUGCCCUCACCCCGGCUCUCGGAGGAGGCUGCGGAGGUGGUGCUCACACCCCCGCAGUCGCACAGUUUCUCCGGAGCCUCGAUGUCCUGCUGCCCGCCGCUGCAGACCCUCCGGCCCUUCCACGUCCACAACCCGACCAUACAGGGCAAAGCCAAGGACUACUUCGUGUUCCGGCCAGGGACCAUCGAGCAGGCGGUGAGUGACAUCAGGAGCGUGGCUCUGCCCUCUGAGGAUGGAGACGUUCUGAGCGUGUGGCUGCUCUCCGAGGUCGACCACUGGAACAAUGACAAGGAGCGGCUGGUUCUCAUCACAGACCGGUCUCUGCUCAUCUGCAAAUAUGACUUCAUUAACCUCCUGUGUCAGCACGUGGUCCGCGUUGCCCUGAGCGCUGUGGACACAGUCUCAGUCGGAGAGUUCCAGUUCCCUCCAAAGUCUCUGAACAAGAGGGAGGGCUUUGGUGUGCGUGUGCAGUGGGACAAACGACCUCGCGCCUCCUUCCUGAAUCGCUGGAACCCUUGGAGCACAGACCUGCCCUACGCCACCUUCACUGAGCACCCCAUGUCCUGUGCCCACGAGACUGCGGCCUCACUCUGCCAGCUGGAAGACUUCCGGUCUCAGCUGGUGCAGGCAGUGAAGCGAGCCCACAGAGACAACCCCCUCCCCGGCCGGGCCAAUGGGGUCCUGGUCCUAGAGAGACCGCUGCUCAUCGAGACCUACGUGGGUCUGGUCUCCUUCAUCAACAACGAGGCCAAACUGGGAUACUCCAUGACCCGUGGGAAGAUCGGUUUCUAG